AUGGCGAAUCCCUCGCACUCCCAGGUCAUCGCGGCCCCGGAUAGCUCGGGUCGGCUGCUGCGUCUGGUCAGCGCAAGCUCGGUUAUGAUGCAGUUGUUGGGCAAGAGCACCAACAUCCGCAUGUCUCAGAUCCUUGAACAUCAUGAAGAUGAGGAUUUCAGCGCACACCGCACGAAGAUUGUGUGCACAAUGGGUCCCAGCUGCUGGGAUGUGGAUAAGAUGGUGCAGCUCAUUGAUGCAGGGAUGAACGUGUGCCGUCUUAACUUCUCGCAUGGAGAUCACGAAGCCCAUGGGCGCGUAGUCAAAAACCUGCAAGAAGCCCUGAAGCAGCGCCCUGGGAAGCGCGUUGCUUUGCUUCUGGACACGAAGGGGCCAGAGAUCAGAACUGGCAUGCUGGAGGGCGAUAAGCCAAUCGAGCUCAACGCAGGAGACAUGCUGAAGAUCGUCACAGAUUACAGCUUCAUCGGAAACAAGAGCUGCAUUGCUUGCUCCUAUGACAAACUUCCCACUUCCGUCAAGCCAGGCAACACCAUUCUUAUUGCUGAUGGUUCGCUUUCUGUCGAAGUUGUUGAGUGUGGUAAGGACUAUGUCAUGACGAGGGUGAUGAACCCAGCGGUAAUCGGCAACAAAAAGAACAUGAACCUUCCAGGUGUGAAGGUUGACUUGCCUGUAAUUGGUGAAAAGGAUAAAAAUGAUAUCUUGAACUUCGGCAUUCCCAUGGGCUGCAACUUCAUCGCCGCUUCCUUUGUCCAGUCCGCAGAUGACGUGCGCUACAUUCGCAGCAUUCUUGGCAGCAAGGGACGCAACAUCAAGAUCAUCCCCAAAAUUGAGAACGUCGAGGGUUUGCUAAACUUCGACGAAAUUCUGCAGGAGGCUGACGGUAUUAUGAUUGCCAGAGGCGAUCUAGGGAUGGAAAUUCCGCCUGAGAAGGUCUUCCUUGCCCAGAAGAUGAUGAUUUCAAAGUGCAACGUUGCUGGAAAGCCUGUCAUCACGGCUACCCAGAUGCUGGAGUCCAUGACGAAGAACCCGCGCCCCACUCGUGCAGAGGCUGCAGAUGUGGCAAAUGCCGUUCUGGAUGGUACGGAUUGUGUUAUGCUUUCUGGAGAGACAGCAAACGGAAGCUUCCCGGUGCAGGCGGUCACGGUCAUGUCUCGUGUCUGCUUCGAGGCCGAAGGAUGCAUUGAUUAUCAGCAGGUCUUUAGAGCGACGUGCCAGGCAACCAUGAGCCCCAUUGAUACCCAGGAGGCCGUCGCACGCGCUGCUGUUGAAACAGCCCAGUCUAUCAACGCUUCCCUAAUCCUUGCGCUUACCGAAACGGGCCGCACUGCCCGCCUCAUCGCUAAGUACAGACCGAUGCAGCCAAUCUUGGCUCUUAGCGCUUCAGAAGAAACAAUUAAGCACCUGCAAGUCAAUAGGGGUGUGACCACACUCCUGGUCCCGUCUUUCCAGGGCACUGAUCAGUUGAUCAAGAAUGCACUUUCUGCCGCCAAGGAGAUGCAGCUGGUUAGCGAAGGCGACAGCAUUGUUGCGGUGCAUGGCAUGAAGGAGGAGGUUGCCGGCUGGUCGAACCUGUUGAAGGUCCUCGUUGUUGAGUAG